AUGGAGGAGACGCACGCGCAGUCGGCAGUCGCAGACAGCAGGAUCAUCCAUGAGGGCGGGCAUCAGGCGAAGUGCAAGGGGCCGAUCUCGCCGGUCCGGGCGGUGCGGGCGACGGCGGCGGCGGCGGAGAGGCACGCCGACACCCAGGCCUCGAGCACCACGAACACCAUGUCGACGACGAACACGGUCAGCGCCAAUGGCAUUGACAUCCUGCCCGCCCUGCCGGUGCCGGACCCUGGCAGCGCAGCUCGAUCGUUUACGUGGCCUGGGAGGCAACCGAUCGCCGGAAACACCUGCCGCUAG